UUAUCUGCAGUUAUGAGCCGGACUCCGGAUGCAAGGGCAAGAGACAGCCAGACCAGACAGAUCCAGGAGAACAUCACCAACACGGAGAAGCACUUUGGAGAGAUGUGCCAACUGUUCGCAGCCUACGUGCGUAAAACGGCGAGGUUACGGGACAAGGCAGACCUGCUGGUCAGAGAGAUCAGCAUCUAUGCGGAGACAGAAACGCCAAAUCUGCAGAGGGGUAUGAAGCAGUUUGCAGACAACCUUGCCAAAGUUCAGGAUUACCGUCAAGCAGAGGUGGAGAGGCUUGAAGCCAAAGUGGUAGAGCCUUUGAAAAGCUAUGGAAGUGUUGUUAAACUUAAAAGGGAGGACCUGAAGACCAGUCAGAGUGCCAGGAACAGGGAGUCUAAACAGAUGCAGCAGCUGGAGAGAAUGAGACAGAGAAACCCCUCUGACAGACAGAUCAUUUCCCAGGCUGAAAGUGACCUGCAGAGAGCCACGAUGGACGCCACGCGCACGACACGACAACUGGAGGAGACCAUAGACGCGUUUGAAAAGCAGAAAAUACAAGAUAUCAAGAAGAUCUUUGGGGAGUUUCUGACGGUGGAGAUGUCGUUCCAUGCCAAGGCGUUGGAGGCGUACACCACAGCUUACCAGAGCAUACACAACGUAGACGAAGAGGAGGAUCUGGAGGUAUUCAGGAGCCUGCUGCACCCCCCUGACUACCAGUCUCGCUUAGAAAUAGUGCGUGCUAAUUCCAAAACAUCCCUCAAUCUGACUGCGUCUACCCUGAGUAAAACGGGGACCUUACAGCAAUCACUGACCCCGAGCAGACAGAGGAGGAGAGAGGACGAGGAGGGAGAUGACGAAGAUGUGGAUGAUGAAGAGGAAGAUGAUGAUCUUGAAGAAGUCACAGACGAUGAAUGAAUUGGAAAUCUGUUUUGAUUAGUUUCUUUUCAUUCAUGGUGGGAUGAGGUUUUCUAGCAAAUAGUGUGUUCUUUAUGGCCAUGAAAUGAUGUCCUAAACAGGGRCCAUAGGGCUCUGGUCAAAAGUAAGUGCACUAUAUAGGGAAUAGGGUGCCWCUUGGGACAGAAUAAUAUUCACGUAAAGUGUUUUUAACCCAGAACAGCAGUCGUUAUUAUUUCCAAUUCUGGAGCUGAAAUAACUUAUAUGUUAUUGUUUUUAACCAUUUCAUUGACCAAAGGGAUGGUGGGAUAUCAAUGUCUUUGUAAUGUGGCAGUAUUAAUGUCUACUURUAUUUGUAUAUAACAAAGUGCCAAAUCUGUAUUUGUUUUGUGUGGCAAUGUUGCCUGUAUUGUAUAAGCCUUCCAGAAUAGAAACCUGUUGUUCUAUGGAAUAAAGUCAGUGGACUCAACAAUGGAAGUCAGAAAUUGUU